GGCAAAUGGAAGGAAAAAAUUUACUUGAUAAUUUCCUAUUUAAUUGAAAGGAAUAGCAAGUUGUGUGUUGUGGAUUUUCGAUUUCGUGUGCAAUCAUCUUUUUAUUAAACUGUGAUAAUGAAAUGCUUGUUUAUAAGUUAAAAGUACAACAAAAUAUUAUGUCACUUUAACCUCAUCUUAACAUUUCAAGUCAGGUGAUAUUGUUAUCCCCAUUUCAGAAUUGAGGAAACAGGAAAACAAACAGAAUUAAAUUGACUUGCCCAGAGGUACACAAAGUUAGCAACCCAAGUUUGGGAUCAGAAGUUUCUGCCAGAAGGGAGUCUCACAGGACAAGAGGUGGGAGGAAGGGCAUUUGGCUUUCUCAGGGGAAGCUGUAAAAAUAGUGGGCACAUCCUGCCUUAGGUGACUUACUUUACAGGUCCCAUUGUCUGAGUAUUAGCUGAUAAUGUCUGAACAUCAGGGACUGAAUUUGAGCAUGGAGCAACUCUGGGUCCUCACUUUUCUCUAAGGGGAACUAAGUGACCAUCUCUCCAUCUUCUUCUCUUACUGAUUUCCAUGCCCAGGGCUUCCAGUUCCCAGAGAAGAGGCUUAUUUUGAGCAAAGCGAAGCACUGUGGAUGCUGGAUCAAGAAGGCCUGAGGAGAUGCUCUCCAGGUGAGUGCAGUGAAAGCAGGGAUAUGAGAAAUGUUACAAGAGGCUUCGGGGAAUUACCCUGAAGUACAUGCUCAAUUUGGGGCAGAAAGGCCAGACUUGGAAUUCUGUAUUGGAUAUUUCUUAGCAGCCGUGUCCGGAGCUAGUCAGUGAAUCUGGCUGUCCGCUUCACAAAAUGAGGGGGUCCCACUCCAAUGCCCUCUAAGGCCCUUCCACUGCUCAUCUCUCAUCCUGUAAGAAGUCCUUGUUUGGGAUUUGGGGCAAUGGAGCUCUCCUAAAAGCACCCAAAGGGAUUAAGUUUGUGGCAUGAGCCAUUUCUUAGAAUUUUUUCUUGUCAGUAAACAAUUAAGGGCCUGCUACAGGGCAGCCUGGGCUAAACAGCAGGAACAGAAAAAGAUGUGAGGGACAGCCCCUGCUCUCAUGGAGGUCCCCACCUCAGAGUGGCGGGGCAGACAAUAUGCCAGCAACUGUGGAGAGACCCACUGUGUACCAGAUGAAUUGAAUAAUUAAGUGGCCCAGUGCAUCAUUAAUUGGUGAGGAUUAUGAUGGGGAUUUUUAAGAAGGGGAGUAGAACUGGACAGGAAAGGACCAAAGUGAAAUAAAGCAGGUAGCAUUUAUACAGUCCUGUGUACCAUGCUCUGCAUUGUCUUAUUUCAUCCUCAUGAGAACCAGAGGACUUAAGUGCUAUUAUUAAACCCAUUUUACAGUUAAAGCAACUGAAUCUAACAGAGAUCCUAUAACUUGACUUGCAAGGUUCUGAGGUGGGAAUAAAAUCCCGGGCUUCCUGACUGAAGGCCCCAUCCACAUUCUAUACACUGUAACUGUAUUCUGAUUUUGAAACAGAUAUGAUGAACAUAGUCUUACAUGUAUGAUGUGUAAAAAAAAAAUUGGAGAAGCUCCUGUGGAGACAUGGAAAUUCAUUUUUUUAAACUCUAGCCAGUCAAAAGCAAUUACUAAUUACUGUUAAAAAAAUUAUAUUCAUGUUGGCUCAUGACAAAUAUUGCCCUAAAUGACUCAAGGGUCAAGUACAUAUAUUGUUUUUAGCACGUCUUGCUCAGGCAACUAGAGACUGGAUUAGAUCGGGGUGCUAGCUAAUCCAGGAGGGAGAGAACCACUCUGGUCAAGGGAGAGACCGCCAUUGAGGGCCUUUGCCGGCCUAUGGCCAUUUGUACAUGAGUGUCCAACCUUCCUGAAAUGCUGGGAACAAUCUGCUGUCAAGUUGAGAAAGUAGAAGAAUCUGUUGCAUUUAGAAGCAGCCAGAGUUUCAUGGACUUUCAUGGGCACAGACCUCCAUAGCAGUAUACUGGUGGUCAUAGUAGAUGGAAAUCAUUGCAGAAAGUCUUGUGGAAAUGUGCCCAUCUGUAUGGUUCCAGAGCACAGCUACCAUUAUAACCAAAUCAGACAUUCAUUCACCACUUAAGGUGCCACAAAGACAUUUUUGGGUCCGAUCCCUUGGAUCUUUAUCUCAAUCAUUUAAAGGAAAGGACUACAAUAUUGCAGCUGUACUACCCUUCCAUGUCUCAGGAUGAGGAACUCAAUUUUCUGUUUGAGAUAUUUUCAGAUGUGGAUGAUUUCAUGCAUUUAAAAAAAUUGCAUCUUGGGAUAUGCAGAGUACACAAAGAUAAUUUUUUUAAAAAGAAAUGAGUAAGAGCAAUCUUGAGAAAAGUUAUGGGGCAGAACAAAAUCACUUCUACUUCAGGUAACUAGAAAAACUAACUAUGUUAGCCUGCUGAAUAUGAUCUCAUAUAAUGUAAUAGAAAAAAAAUUGAAUUAAAAGUGAUCAGCAUGGAAAUUUGUUAUGCUUACAAGCAGGAGAGAUCAUGAAACAAUUUGAGUAUUUCCUAUAUAUGCACUAGAUGUUAUGUUUAUGAAAAAGAGGCAAAGUGCAGAUAAUAAAAAGGAAAGGGGAAAAUUGAGAGUGAAGAUGAUUGUGAAAUGAUGGAAGCAGAGCUUUCCCAUUCACAGGGUGUAAAUUCUAGGCACAGCUGCUGGGAUUUGGAUCGAAUCACUCAGCCAUUCUGAGCUGGUGACCCGAGUUGUGCAUCUAAGGAGAAUGAAGGCACUCUCUGCAUUGUCACAAGUUUAUUAUGAGGUUCCACUGUGAUUGUACAUGAAACUCCUUAGAAAUUAGAUCAUGUUGGGGAUAUGAACUAAUGGGACUUUAAAUGAUUGGUUCUACCCAUUUUCAAUUUUUUCUUUGCCUAGGAAAAGAGAAAAUAACUGAGUUUCUCUUCGUGUAUCUGUGUGUGUGUGUGUGUGUGUGUAUCUGCAUCAUAACUAUGUUUGCUUUAUUGUUUGCUAUUUUCUUUCUUUCUUUUUUUCUUUUUUUUUUUUGGAAGGAGAGAUGAGACUUGAAAUAAAAGAAACUCCUGCUGAACUAAGCCAUUCUGUGGUAGAAACUCCCAAGCAGUGGUUCAUGGGUGAUGGAUCCUGUGACUUUACUUGGACAAAAAGCUGGGUAACACAGGGGGGAAUCCAGCUCACAGAGAGACAUUGUGAAAGUACUGAAGAUGGAAAAGGUUUUAUAAAAAAGGAAAAUCUUAUUGUACAAUCGAGAAUUCACACAGGAGAGAAACCUAAUGAAUGUUACCAUUGUGGAAAAAGAUUUAGACAAAAGAGUGACCUCAUUAGACAUCAGAGAAUCCAUACUGGAGAGAAACCUUAUGAAUGUAACCAAUGUGGAAAGGCUUUUAGAGACAAGAGAGGUGUUACUAGACAUCAGAGAAUCCACACUGGAGAGAAGCCUUAUGAAUGUAACCAGUGUGGAAAGGCUUUUACAGAAAAUGGAGUUCUUAUUAGACAUCAAAGAAUCCACACUGGAGAGAAACCUUAUGAAUGUUACCAGUGUGAAAAGACCUUUCGAGACAAGAGCGCUCUUACUGUACAUGAGAGAAUCCACACUGGAGAGAAACCUUAUAAAUGUAACCAAUGUGGAAUGGCCUUUAGAGACAAGAGAGCUCUUAUUGUACAUCAGAGAAUCCAUACUGGAGAGAAACCUUAUGGAUGUAACCAAUGUGGAAAAGGUUUUAGAAAAAAGGAAUCUCUUAUUUUCCAUCAGAGAUUACACACUGGAGAGAAACCUUAUGAAUGUAACCAUUGUGGAAAGGCUUUUAAAGAAAAUGGAGCUCUUAUUACCCAUCAAAGAAUCCACACUGGAGAGAAGCCUUAUGAAUGUAACCAGUGUGGAAAGUCCUUUAGAGAGAAGAGAGCUCUUACUGGACAUGAGAGAAUCCACACUGGAGAGAAACCUUAUAAAUGUAAUCAUUGUGGAAAGACCUUUAGAGACAUGAGAGCUCUUAUUGUACAUCAGAGAAUCCACACUGGAGAGAAACCUUAUGGAUGUAACCAGUGUGGAAAACAUUUUAGAAAAAAAGAAUCUCUUAUUUUCCAUCAGAGAUUACACACUGGAGAGAAACCUUAUGAAUGUAACCAUUGUGGAAAGGCUUUUAAAGAAAAUAGAGCUCUUAGUAGCCAUCAAAGAAUCCACACUGGAGAGAAGCCUUAUGAAUGUAACCAGUGUGGAAAGUCCUUUAGAGAGAAGAGAGCUCUUACUGGACAUGAGAGAAUCCACACUGGAGAGAAACCUUAUAAAUGUAACCAAUGUGGAAAGGCCUUUAGAGACAUGAGAGCUCUUAUUGUACAUCAGAGAAUCCACACUGGAGAGAAACCUUAUGAAUGUAACCAAUGUGGAAAGGGUUUUAGAAGCAAGGGAGCUCUUACUAUACAUCAGAGAAUCCACACUGAAGAGAAACCUUAUGGAUGUAACCAGUGUGGAAAAAGUUUUAAAAAAAAGGAAUCUCUUAUUUUACAUCAGAGAAUCCACACUGGAGAGAAACCUUAUGAAUGUAACCAGUGUGGAAAAACUUUUAGAAAAAAGGAAUCUCUUAUUUUACAUCAGAGAAUCCACACUGGAGAGAAGCCUUAUGAAUGUAACCAGUGUGGAAAGGCUUUUACAGAAAACGGAGCUCUUAUUAAACAUCAAAGAAUCCACACUGGAGAGAAACCUUAUGAAUGUAACCAGUGUAGAAAGGCCUUUAGAGACAAGGGAGCUCUUACUGUACAUGAGAGAAUCCACACGGGAGAGAAACCUUAUGAAUGUAACCAGUGUGGAAAGGGUUUUAGAAGCAAGCGAGCUCUUACUAUACAUCAGAGAAUCCACACUGAAGAGAAACCUUAUGGAUGUAACCAGUGUGGGAAAAGUUUAAAAAAAAAGGAAUCUCUUAUUUUACAUCAGAGAAUCCACACUGGAGAGAAGCCUUAUGAAUGUAACCAGUGUGGAAAAACUUUUAGAAAAAAGGAAUCUCUUAUUUUCCAUCAGAGAACCCACACUGGAGAGAAGCCUUAUAAAUGUAACCAGUGUGGAAAGGCUUUUACAGAAAACGGAGCUCUUAUUAAACAUCAAAGUAUCCACAUUGGAGAGAAACCUUAUGAAUGUAACCAGUGUAGAAAGGCCUUUAGAGACAAGGGAGCUCUUACUGUACAUGAGAGAAUCCACACGGGAGAGAAACCUUAUAAAUGUAACCAAUGUGGAAAGGCCUUUAGAGACAAGGGAGUUCUUAAAGGACAUCAGAGAAUUCACACUGGAGAGAAACCUUAUGAAUGUAACCAGUGUAGAAAGGCCUUUAGAGACAGGGGAGCCCUUGCUGUACAUGAGAGAAUCCACACUGGAGAGAAACCCUAUAAAUGUGACCAAUGUGGAAAGGCCUUUAGAGACAAGAAAUCUCUUACUGUACAUCAAAAAAUCCACACUGGAGAAAAAGCUUAUGAAUGUAACCAGUGCGGAAAAAGUUUUAUUCAAAAAGGAACUCUUAAUUUACAUCAGAGAAUCCACUCUGGAGAGAGACCUUAUGAAUGUAACCAAUGUGGAAAAAGUUUUAUACGAAAAGGAACUCUUAAUUUACAUCAGAGAAUCCACACUGGAGAGAAACCUUAUAAAUGUAACCAAUGUAGAAAGGCCUUUAGAGACAAGGGUGUUCUUAAAGGACAUCAGAGAAGUCACACCGGAAUUAUGAAUGUAACAAAUGUGGAAAGUCAUUUGGAAGCAAGGGACAUCUUACUAGACAUCAGAUAAUGCACACUGGAGAGAAGCCUUAUGAAUGUAACCAGUGUGGAAAGGCUUGUGGACAUAAAUCUAGUCUUAGUGACCAUGAGCUUAUCCACACUUAAAAGAAACUUUAUGACUGUAAUCAAUGUUGGAAAAUUUUGCAAAUAGAGUAUUUCUUACUAGACAUCAAAGAACCCAAACUGGACAGAAACCUUCUCAAUGUAACUAAUGUGGAAAGGCUUUUGGGGGAAACCUAGGACGCUAAUGUAUUGUUGGUGGAAUUGUGAACAGAUCUGACCAUUCUGCCAAGCAAUGUGGAACUAUGACCAAAGGGUAAUCCACAGGUGCAUAGCCUUUGAACUAGCAAUGUUUCUACUGGACUUAUUUGCCAAAGAGAUCCUAAAGAAGGGAAAAGGACCCACAUGUGCAGAAAUGUUUCUGCAGCCCUGUUUGUAGUGGCAAGAAACUGGAAA